AAAAAAAAAAAAAAAAAAAAAAAAAAAAAAAGCCUCCUUGACAAUGAACCAAUCUCGUGCAGACCCCGUGGCAAGGUGAGCGGCAGUCAUCUGCUCAGAGUAAAAAAAAAAAAAAAAAAACCCACACACCCUCUGGCUCUCAAACGCACCACACACACACAGCCGAGCGGAAUGAUGAGCCCUUUUUCCGCAUCGCCGAGCGCAAAGGGUCGCUUCUUAAUUUUUAUUAUUAUUCUUUAAUUAUGACAAACAGAGGCAGCGGCGGAGGAUGAGCAAACACAAGCAGCAACUGAACUGACUCCAAACUACUUCCCAGCUUUUUAUGGUCACUUUAACGGGACGGAGGCAGGUAGAGAGAAACAAGGAGAGAGAGAGAGAGAGAGAGAGAGGAGGGAGAGGAGAGGAGAGGAGAGGGGGAGGGAGUGAGGGAAGGAGGGGAGGCUGAACUGGAGCACCACGGCCCGAUCAGUCCGCCGGACCGACACAUGGAACUGCUUACAGAGUAUCAUGCUAUGUUUUGUUUUGGGUUUCCAUCCUUCCUCCCCUUCCUCCUCCUCCUCACCCCCCCCCCUCCCCCAACCUCCACCUCCUCCCCCCACAACUCCAUCCUCACCCCUCCAUCAGCGUGUGUUUUGGCAUAAAUACCUCCAGACCGAAGGAUCCACGCAGCCCGGGUUAGAGAGCCGGCGGACGCUGCCCGUCGUCGGCCUGCAGACGUCCCCAUCCACCACCAUCACCGAUCAUUCAACUCAUCUGAAGCUGCAGUGUCCUAUCACAUGGCUCGCCAACAAACUUCAACCUGUAUGAUAAUUUGCCUGUCUGCGUUGCGGUGGGAGAGGCGGAGUUUAAAAAGGGAGGUGGGAGUAAUAAAGGACUCAGAAGGAGGUGCGGGGGGUCUGUGAAGCUCAGGUUCCUAAUCAGAGGGGGAAUACCUGAACCAGAGCACAGCCACCAUCAAACAGUUCCUCCAUUGUGGCGGCCAAACAGAGGAAUGCGAUUUAGCCGGAGAUACGGAGGGACGUCGGGGUUGCU